UUCUGUCCACAACACCAGAGGCCUGACCAACCAUACCAGUAUCAGUGUGUCAGACACCUCUCUCUCUCAGCUCAGAGAGCACCAGAGCCAUGGCUGCUCCGAAGAAGACGAUGAGAGCCUUUCAGUACGACAAGUAUGGCGGAGGGGCAGAAGGCCUCAAGCAUGUGGAGGUGCCUGUCCCGUCGCCGAAGAAGGGGGAGGUGCUGCUCAAGCUGGAGGCGGCCAGCAUCAACCCCAUCGACUGGAAAAUUCAGAAGGGCAUGGUCCGGCCCUUCCUUCCCAGGAAAUUCCCCUUCAUACCAGUUGGAGACAUUUCCGGUGAAGUCGUCGAGCUGGGCACCGGUGUGACCAACUUCAAAACAGGCGACAAGGUCAUCUCCAUCAGCUUCCCGACUGGCGGCGGGCUUGCGGAGUACGCGGUGGCGCCGGCGUCGCUUACGGUGGCACGGCCGCCUGAGGUGUCCGCGGCCGAAGGCGCCUCUCUGCCGACGGCCGCGUCGACCGCGCUCCAGCAGCUGAAGGCCUUGCGGGUCACCAGCUUCGACGGCUCCGGCGGCGGCAACAACAACGCCCCCAAGAACGUCCUGGUCACCGCGGCCUCCGGCGGCGUCGGCCACUACGCCGUGCAGCUGGCCAAACUGGCGGGGCUCCACGUCACGGCCACCUGCGGCGCGCGCAACCUGGGCUUCGUCAGGGGCCUUGGCGCCGACGAGGUGCUGGACUACAAGACCCCCGAGGGCGCCAGGCUGCAGAGCCCCUCCGGCGUGAAGUACGACGCGGUGGCGCACUGCGCGACGGGCACCCCGUGGUCGGCGUUCGCGCCGGUCCUGGCCGACAGUGCCACGGUCGCCGACGUGACGCCGGGGAUCGCCGCCACCGCCAGGUCGUUCCUGCAGAAGGUGACGCUCGCCAAGCAGAGGCUGGUGCCGAUGAUCCUGAUACCCAAGAAGGAGGAGAUGGAGUGGCUGGCGGACAUGACGAGGCAGGGGAAGCUCAAGACGGUGAUCGACUCCAGGUACCCCCUGAGCAGGGCGCGGGAGGCGUGGGCGAAGAGCAUCGAAGGGCACGCCACCGGCAAGAUCGUCGUGGAGAUGGGAGACGAAGAGUGAUGAGCCGGCCGGCGCGCGUGCACGAUGACAUGGUUGAGAACAUUCAGCAUUGUGUCGUGCAGUGUAUGUAAAGCUAUGGGUCCUAUUGGAUUUCUUGUGUGGCAGUAAGAAAGAAUAAGUUGCGUUGUGCAGUCUGAAAUCAGAUUCAGGAUUAACCAUGUUUCUAUGCUGCUUGCA